GAGAGACGGAAAAGAGCUCCAUUGUCGAGCGCGUCUCAAACCCUAGAUCAACUUUACUCUCGCAGAACUCCAGUAAGUGGGAUUUUAUAUAUUUUUUGUAAUUUUAUAUUUAGAGAGAGAAAGAAAAAAGGGAGAGAAAAAUUUGUAUUUUUUCUUCUGAAUUUGGAGAGAGGGAAAGGGUGACAAUAGAGAGGGGGGGAGAGAGAUUCGUAUGCUUUUUUUUCUUUUAUACCGUUUCCUGUAUAGGCAUGUUCUCAUUCUCCAUGAACAAUAAACAAAACAAUCGUAGAGUGCCUUUAAUUCUACACAGAAAAGAACCCAAAAGGCAACCUUUGAAGUCUCAAUUACCAGGGUUUUUCUCUUCUAAUCUGACUCUUAUUAUCGGAUACAUUCCUUUAGAGUCUUAUUUCUCAUAACUUCUUUGCCAAAUUCGUGGUUUUUUCAGAGUUCUUCUUUCCUCUUUAAAUCAAAAUUUUCGAGUUUGAUUGGAGUUGAUUGAAUAAUUAAAGGGGAAUGUUGGCCUCACUACUGAGUCUGAAUUUGCUGGUUCGACAAACUUUAUAUUGAUUUGGGUUGGGUUUUUUAGCUGAUUCUGUAUCCCCCUUAACUUGUUUCAAUUGGGUUGAUAAUACUAAGGAGUAGAAAAGGAAGUUGGGUUGGUCAAUUCCAGAUAGAUAGAGAGAUUGGCCAUAUUUUAUACCAAUUUGAUUUGGGAUUUUGCAGUGAGAGUUUUUCUCCCCUCUUCCUGCUUGAAUUCAGCUGACGAUUAGGGCAGAAGCAACUAGAAAAGAGGGAAAGAACAGAAAAAAAAAAAAAUACAUUAAUCAAAGACUAGAGAGUACUUAUGUUUUCCCAAAACAUGAGGGAUUUUGAUACCAAAAGAAUUCGAAAUAUAUGCAUUCUUGCUCAUGUAGACCAUGGAAAAACGACCCUUGCCGACCAUUUAAUCGCUGGUUCAGUAAAUGGAUUGGUGCACCCAAAACAAGCUGGAAAGCUAAGGUUCAUGGAUUAUCUUGACGAAGAACAAAAGAGAGCCAUCACAAUGAAAAGCUCUUCAAUAGCUUUGGAGUACAAAGACCACCUCAUCAACCUCAUCGACUCACCUGGUCACAUCGACUUUUGCAGUGAAGUCUCUACAGCUGCUCGUAUAAGUGAUGGUGCUUUGGUUCUCGUUGAUUCAGUAGAAGGCAUACACAUUCAAACCCAUGCGGUUUUGAGACAAGCGUUUGUCGAGAAGUUAACCCCAUGUUUGGUUCUUAACAAGAUUGAUAGGCUUAUCUCUGAGCUCAAAUUAAGCCCCAUGGAAGCGUAUAACAAGUUGCAGAGGAUAGUUCAUGAGGUUAAUAGCAUCAUGAGCACCUAUAAAUCAGAGAAAUACCUUUCAGAUGUGGAUUCCAUUCUUAACCAAGAGAACCAGGGGAACCAAGAAUUCAUGGAGGAAGAUGAAGAGGAUACAUUUCAACCCCACAAGGGUAACGUGGCUUUUGUGUGUGCCUUAGAUGGGUGGGGCUUUUCUAUCAAGGAAUUUGCAGAGAUUUAUGCUAAUAAGCUUGGGGCCAGCUCGGGAGCAUUGCAGAAGGCUUUAUGGGGUAGCUAUUUUUUCAAUCCUAAGACCAAGAUGAUAGCCAGCAAAAAAGGAGCUGGCUCAACUAAGACUAGUAGUAAUAAACCCAUGUUUGUUCAGUUUGUGCUUGAACCUCUAUGGCAAGUUUAUCAGGCGGCUAUUGCAGGGGAUCAGGGAAUGUUAGAAAAGGUGAUCAAAUCAUUUAAUUUGUCUAUACCAGCUCGUGAGCUUCAAAACAAGGAUCCCAAGGUUGUUCUCCAAGCUGUUAUGAGUAGGUGGCUUCCUUUAUCUGACACUAUUUUGUCAAUGGUUGUUCGAUGCAUGCCUGAUCCUAUUUUGGCACAGUCGAUUAGGGUAUCUCGGUUGCUACCCAAGAAAGAGGUUGAGAAUGGUCACAAUGGAUUUGAAGAAGUACUAGCCGAAAUGGAGCACGUGAGAGAAUCAGUUGAGCAGUGUGAUUCUAGAGAAGCUCCAUGUGUAGCGUUUGUUUCUAAAAUGUUUGCUCUCCCAAUAAAAAUGCUCCCAAAAAAGGGUCCAAAUGGUGAAAUUCUGAAUAGUAUGGAGGAGGAAAAUGGAGUUGGGGACUCAGAUUCAGGGAGCCAAGAGUGUUUUCUUGCAUUUGCUAGGGUUUUCAGCGGGGUCUUAUCAAUGGGUCAGAAGAUUUAUGUGCUCUCUUCGCUAUAUGAUCCGUUAAAAAGUGAAUCUAUGCAUAAGCAUGUUCAAGAAGGGGAAAUCCAGUCCUUGUAUAUGAUGAUGGGUCAAGGUUUGAAGCCUGUUUCCUGUGUGAGAGCUGGUAAUGUGGCAGCUAUUCGAGGCCUUGGCCAGAAUAUAUUGAAAAGUGCAACCCUUUCUUCAACGAAGAGUUGUUGGCCUUUUUCAAGCUUGAUAUUUCAGGUGGCUCCCUCUUUGAGGGUGGCUAUCGAGCCCUCAGACCCGGCAGACAUGGGUGCCCUUAUGAAGGGACUUAGGCUCUUGAAUAGGGCAGACCCAUUUGUCGAAAUUACUGUUUCUUCAAGGGGUGAACAGGUACUUGCAGCAGCUGGAGAGGUUCAUUUAGAGAGAUGCAUAAAGGAUUUGAAGGAACGGUUUGCUCGAGUGAGCUUGGAAGUCUCGCCUCCUCUUGUUUCUUUUAAGGAGACCAUAGAAGGGGAUGAUUCUAAUGCUAUAGAUACAUUGAAGAAGGUCUUGUCAGGUGGCUUUGAUUAUGUUGAGAGAACCACUCCAAAUGGUAGAUGCGUAGUGAGGGUCCAAGUUAUCAAACUCCCUUCAGCUCUUACCAAGGUUCUUGAUGAGAAUGCUGGUUUUUUUGUACAUAUAUUUGAAGGGAAAUUGGGGCUAAGAACUCCAAGUAUGGCUAAACACAGAAAAGAUGAAUCUGCUAAGGAUGGAGACCAAACUCAAGACUCGGUCGCGAUGCUUAGAAAACAGUUGCUCACCGCCAUUGAGAGUGAGAUAUGCCAAGAAACUGACAAGGAGAAGUUUGAAAAGCAUAGAGCUCUUUGGGUUGAGUUUCUUCAAAGGAUUUGGGCACUUGGGCCUCGACAAGUAGGCCCUAACAUCCUCCUUGUCCCUUAUUUAAGGGAAGGGGAGGAAAGACCCGAGCAUGCCUGUGUCUUGAUUAAAGGGUCACCCCACGUAUCUGAAAAGCUAGGAUUCAUUGAUUCCUCCAAAGCUGUAUCAUCAGUUGAAGAAGCAUCUGAAAGAGAACUCAGGUCUCUUUCCAUGGAAGCUGAGAGCUUAGCAAGCAGUGUGGUUUCUGGUUUCCAAUUGGCCACACAAAUUGGACCUCUCUGCGAUGAACCAAUGUGGGGUUUGGCCUUUCUGGUUGAAGGUUCUGUCGUCCCGCACAGGAAUCAAUCUGAUAAUUCUGAUCAAAUCCAACUUCCCGAUCAAUAUGGGAUCUUCACUGGUCAGGUUAUGACUGCUGUUAAGGAAGCAUGCAGGGCUGCUGUUCUCUCUAGAAAGCCAAGGAUUGUUGAAGCCAUGUAUUUUUGUGAGCUUACUACACCAACAGAGUGUUUGGGAGCUAUGUAUGCUGUUCUUGCUAGGAGGAGGGCCAGGGUCUUAAAAGAAGAAAUGCAAGAGGGUUCAGCAUUGUUUACUGUUCAUGCUUAUGUUCCCGUUAGUGAGAGUUUCGGGUUUGCUGAUGAGCUUAGGAGGUGGACUUCCGGGGGUUCGAGCGCUCUUCUUCUUCUUAGCCAUUGGGAAGCUUUGCAUGAGGACCCUUUCUUUGUACCCAAAACUGAGGAGGAGAUUGAAGAGUUUGGGGAUGGCUCUAGUGUUUUACCAAACACUGCAAGAAAGCUUAUUGAUGGAGUGAGAAGGCGCAAAGGGCUUCCAGUUGAGGAGAAGGUGGUUCAGCAUGCAACAAAACAAAGAACCCUAGCUCGAAAAGUGUGAGAAUUUUGAAGCCAUCCCAUUUCUUGGGGGCUUCCAUUUUGCAAUCUUUCUUAUAAAUUCACAUCAAUUUUGGUAAAAGUUUCUGUUAGUGUACGGCUUUUACUUCUUGAUUUUUAAUUGAGCUUAUUAUAUAUAUCUUCAUUCUUCAUCGCAA